AUGAGAACCAAUUAUGAGACGCUCAUCUCUCUAGAUGAUGGACUUCCCAAACCAGAACUAAUAUCCUGGAUUGAACAGGGGGCAGAGCCCUUCAGGGACUGGAGGGAAUCACAGAAAUCAGGAAACAUAAUUUGCUCCUCUGCUGAUUUGCAUUUUGAUCCAGUUAUUGAGGGACAGCUGUUUUGGGGAAGCCAGCAAGCUGUGAAUUCAGGAGAAACCAAAUGCCAUUUCCAAGUAGAUCCUCUUCAGAGCCAGUAUCCCUUUGGCCCCUGUUUUGGAGAAAGGGAAGAGGUUUCCUUCAGGCCUGCCCAGGGCAUCACCCUCAUGAGCCCACAGAGACAUGACGCUCAGGCUCUAACUCCAGUAGUCCACAGCUGCAGCGAAUCUACCCAAAGAGAAGGAAUCCCAGGUCCCAGAAAUCUGGGUCUCCCUGGUUUGCAGGAAGUCCCCUCCUGGAAGAGCGCCCAGCACCCCUGCCCUGUCUGCGGGAAGAGCUUUUGGAAGAAGAACCACUUAGUAAAUCAUCAGAAGAGCCACUCGAAGGACCUGCCUCAAGCCUGGAAGAAAUUCAGCAGAGGAGCUGAUGUGCAGCCGCAGCGGAGUACCCCUCGGGCACAGAGGCACUUCCCAUGUCACCGGUGUGGUAAGAGCUUCCGCCUGAAGCAGCGUUUGCUGAGACAUCUGGCUGCCCAUCCAGGGAAGAGCCCGUUCCAGUGCCCUGAGUGUAAAAUGUACUUCCGGCAGGAGCGGACCCUUCUCAGCCACCACCUCGUGCAUACGGGGGAGAAGCCUUCCCAGUCCCGGGAGUACAACCAGAGCUUUCCCCCGAUGGACAGCACGCAGGCUCACCAGUGCUGGCGGGGUGGGGACAGGCCAGCCUCCUGGAGAGAAGGCCACGGCGCCUUCGCCAGUGCACACUCAGGACAGAAGCCAGGCCGGUGCCUGGACUGUGACACGCAGGCUCAGCCGCGGGGCCAUGGCGCGGAGAGGCCCUGCUCGUGCACGGAGUGUAGCCAAUGCUUCCCUACGAGGUCGCUGCUCGCCAGCCACCUCAGAGUGCGCUUGGGAGAGAAGCCCUUCGAGUGCCCAGAGUGCGACAAGCGCUUCCGCCCGAGCGGCCUGCUGAAGGUCCAGCAGCGCGAGCACGGUGGAGAGAGCCCCUUUUCUUGCGGGAAGUGUGGCAAGGGCUUCGCCAAACAGUGUAGACUCGCAGAGCACAUCCUGGUCCACAGUGGGGAGAAGCCUUUCUGGUGUGCGGAGUGUGGCAGGAACUUCCGUCAAAGGGGACAACUGCUGAGGCACCAGCGGCUGCACACGGACGAGAAGCCCUUUCAGUGUCCGGAGUGUGAGCGGAGCUUCCGCCUGCAGAGCAUGCUCACGGCCCACCGGCGGCGGCACGGCGCAGAGAGGCCGUUCUCUUGCGGCGAGUGUGGCAGGGGCUUCACCCACCAGUGCAAGCUCCGGGAGCACCUGAGAGUGCACAGUGGGGAGAGGCCCUUCCAGUGCCCGGAGUGUGACAAGAGCUUCCGCCUGAAGGGCAUCCUGAAGGCCCACCAGCGCACCCACAGCAAGGAGAGGCCGUUCUCCUGCGGCGAGUGUGGCAAGGGCUUCACCAGACAGUCCAAGCUCACGGAGCACUUCCGCGUGCACAGCGGGGAGAGGCCCUUCCAGUGCCUGGAGUGCAGCAGGAGCUUCCGCCUCAAGGGGCAGCUGCUUAGCCACCAGCGCCUGCACACAGGGGAGAGGCCCUUCCGGUGCCCGGAGUGCGGCAAGAGCUACCGCGUGAAGGCCGACAUGAAGGCCCACCAGCUGCUGCACGGCGGGGAGAUGCCAUUCUCCUGCGAGUGUGGCAAGGGCUUUGCCAAACAGUCUAAACUUGUCGAACACAUCAGGACACACACGGGCGAGAAGCCUUUUCAGUGUCUGAAAUGUGACAAGAGUUUCCGCUUGAAGGCACAGCUGCUCAGCCACCAAGGCCUGCACACGGGGGAGAGGCCUUUCCGCUGCCCAGAGUGUGACAAAAACUUCCGCGAAAGGGGACACAUGCUUAGGCACCAGCGCAUACACAGGCCCGAGAGGCCCUUUGCCUGUGGCGACUGUGGGAAGGGCUUCAUUUAUAAGUCUAAACUUGCUGAGCACAUCAGAGUACACUCAAAGUCCUGUCGUGCUCCAGAUGAGCCUGACAUUAAGAAGAGGCUCAGCCAACUCUUUGCAAUGAUAGAGGCUGAUUGGAGUUGA